AUGUUUUUUACUUUUAAAGAGGACUUUUGCAAAAAACUUGAAUGCUUUGGAGAGGGUGAUCGUGAAAGGCUGCUUAAAAUUACCCUGGACAAUGAACUUCCUAUUAAACACAGGACCCUAUCCGCUCGUCUCUUUAUCAAGCUGGCAGGCCCUAUUUCGUUUGGGGAAUGUGAAGACGAAGCCUUACUUUGUGGCUCAAUCCUUGAGUGUAGACCGGAGAUGCUAAAUGAAAUGCUCCAAAUGCUCACAAAAUUUAAAGAUCAGCUAACUGUUCCUGUAUUAGAAGCUGCAAUGUCUCGGUUGCGAAGGUACGUGAAGAAGGAAUCUGCCGUUGAUAUUUCGCGUAAAGUCGCCUUAUGUGCUCUGAAAGUGAUUUUUCGGGGUCUCACGAUUCAUCUUUCGGCUUCCAGCUUAGGUAAUUUAAAGGCCGUAUUGGAGUUACAGCGUUGUUAUGGAAUUACAGCUUACGAGUUCUGUUCAGCAGAAAAUAUUCUAUGUGAGGUUUUACGGAGGUCUUCAAAGAAACAAUUUAUUGCAUCUGUAACAAGCGAUUGUGUUUUGUCAUGGGCAACUUCUGGGUUAAGAUAUGGCAUUCAGAAAUUCUGCUUGUUUCUUGCGGAUGUUUUGUCGUCAGAUAAUUCGAUUUGUCGUGCAAGUGCAGGCAGUUACUGGUUGGCACGUUUGGAGGCGUUUUUGAACUUAAGACCUAUAUUCGAAGCAGUUGUAACCAUAUUGGAAAAUAGAUUAGUUGAGUGUUCAAAAAAGUUAGUUGUAAAAGAAGGGUUCCAUCAACUGACUUGCAUCGAUUUUGAAUGGGAUUGGAGAGAGGAAGAAGAGUUUUGGACGUUGUCUGAUCGUCUUUUGUACGCUUGGAUCUCAGCCGAGGAAGUUUUGUUGAAAUUUCGGACUGCUGAUUUGAAAGUGAAUGAAAUUUUAUAUCUUGAUAUGUGCUUAGGAGCGUGUCAGCCAGUUAUUCGUUUACGAGCGUUUCGUUUGGCAGGAAAGUUGACUAAAACACUUUCAAUUCGAGAGAAACAGUUACCGUUCAUUAAUCUUGAAAGUUUUACGAUUGAAAAUAUGGGCACAGACAAUCCUGCUUUGAGGAAAAUGGUGGUGGAGUAUGCUUGGAAUAAUAUGUGUGGAUUUAGUUCUGAUUUUGUGUGGAAUUUACUCCUGAGGAUUCAACAUGGAUGGAAUUCUCAAACGGUUCAUUCAUCAUUAAAAAUGCUUUUGAAGCUGAAGUCUUUCGAAAACAUUUCGCGAGAUAGUUACUUGGACCAAGUAGUGCGUUUGGUCACCUGUUCAGAUUCUGAGUUAAGAUGUGCUGCUCUUCCUUUACUUCCUGCUGUUCUUGAUGACUGGUCAAUAACGUAUUUCAAAAAUGAGCUGGAGUUUGCUUUUUAUAAUAUGGAAGGCGACUUUUCAAAGAUAGAUGAUUUCGUUAAGCUACUGCUUCAUUAUGGUUGUGAAGAUUGGCUCCUGUUGAAAGCGCACAGUAAUUCUUUUUCGAAGCCAGGAUUCACGAGAUUUAUAUAUGCAUUGGUUGAAAUGCGAGGUGAAUUAUUCACGGCCCAGGACUUUACCAAUUUUUUGACUGCGUGUUGGGAGCUGGUUGAUAGAACUUUACUUUCAUGUGGAAGUAAUUACGCUGGGGAAUGCCCUUCACUUUCGGAUUUGAGAACCAUUUUGUCUACAAAGGAGACGCCAGGUGUUGUUGGGACAGACGCGACGACACGAUCUGCUUUUGAUGCAUUUUAUUGGAACUUACGGUGUGCAGCUGAACUUACCACUUUUCUCUGUAAGAAGUGUAAAGUAUCAUUUCCCGAUGUGGCCCGUACUUACGAAACUUUGUGGAAUAUCCUUUUGAGAACCUACCAUAAAGGUGUAGUGGAUAAUGUUGCUAAUUGCUUUGAGGAGCUCACAACUUACUGUCUUAAUCAAGAAACUUUGAAUGAGCUCCCAAAGGAUUUUUACGAAAAGGAAAACAUUAGAGCAAGUCGAAAAGUCGGUGCAGACUUAAUUCUACUUUCUCAAAAGGAUUCUUUCUAUUUUGUUUUAAUGUCACCUUGUUUUCGUGGAAGGAAUGUUGAGAGGUGUUUUAGAUGCAGCUAUCUAAAAAACGAUGAGACUAAUGGUGACCUUUCUCAGCAGUAUCCACAAAUUUUCAACGCCCUUAUUGAUGCUUACGGAACGUCUACAUCAUGGUCAGUGAGAAGCGCUGUUUUACAUUGCUUUGCUGUUUUGGUAAAUUCCAUUUCCACCGCUCGAGAAGGCUUUAAAACUCCACUCUACAUCUUAAUCAACUUUCAUAAGCAAUUGUGGGAUGAUCUGCUUCGCCGUCUGUCCGCUUCUAAUGCUUGCACAAAAGAUACUCUGCUGCUGUUAUCGUUACUUGAAACUUUUGAUUUGGUUGAUACUUCUUUUUAUACAGCAGAAGAUUUAAGAGGCGUGCGCGACAUCAGACUAGUAGGCAAAUGCCUUAUUCAACUCACUCCUAAUCAUCGACAACUGGAAGCUAUAUUGGAACCGCUGCUUAGAAAAGUGAUGCCUGCAAAUCUCCGUUUUGCAGUCAAUUACAUUCGCACCGGUAUAGCAAGGAAGUCAGGGAUGGUAUUUUCACUUCUUGAUCGAAGUUUAGAAAGUAAUAGAAUAAGUAAUGCGUUGCGAGAAAUCUAUGAUGCUGAAAAAAUUGUGACAGCAUUUGAGUCAGUGGUCAGUUCUCAAGAGCAAAUUAGAAAUGAAUUUCAACAUGUUUUCUGCGGUGCCGAAAAUGCUGCACUUUCUUCCAAAGAAAUUAUGAGACUUCGUGCAGCUUUUAUUUUUAGAAUAAUUGCGAAAACCAUUAAAAAAGGAUUUCCCGAAUUAAAGACAAGAUAUACAUGUGAUCUAGAACUUAUUGAAAAACAAAUGCCAGACUUGGAUACGCAAGGCAGCUAA